AUGUUUAAUAGUGCUAUGCGGGAUGUUAUCUGCUCGUCCCGCGGCAUAGCCCUUUUCCUGCGUCGCAGCAGAGGAGCUACGCGCAUUUCCGUCGCGUGUUUCCAGAGCUCGCGAUAUUCGACCGUUUCAUCCGAUUGCACAGAUGAGACAGUUUCUCUUCCUAUUGGAAAUAAUGGGUCUAUAUAUCUCCAAAUUACGCGACCGAGCGCGUUGAGCCGGCCUCAGCAGGGGCAGUCUCCAGAAGGCCCAAAUAUAAUCCUCUACCUUCCCCCUGGACCUUUGUUACAGGGCAAUGGCGAGAGCGGAUCUCAAAAACAUGAAAACUCUGAAAUUGAUCACCAAAAGACUGGCGAUACCAACAUUUGGGACUCUGCAGUAGGUUCGCCCCAGCAUGUCCUAGCAUCUACCGCAUCUGCAUUAGUAGUCACAGUCAACUACCGCCUCGGGGAUAUACCAACACCUAUUUCCCCAUCUUCAGAUAAAAGCUCUAUCCCACAAGAGCCAAUUGAAGCCCCAAACCAAACACUGGAACCCAGCAACCCAGUCACCUCUUACAAAUACCCAACCCCAGUCCACGAUACCCUGGCCGGAUUCGACUGGAUCCGAACAAACCUCCGACCAUCCCAACUAGCCAUCUUCGGCACACACGUCGGAGGCUCCCUAGCGCUUAUGCUAGCUCUAACAGAAGCGCAAUCCAUCCAAGCCGUCGCCGCCGUAGAACCUAUCUGCGACUGGCCCGGCUUAGAUGAAUACUGCACGCGCGAGAGCACCACCACAACGCCCAGAACAGGAGCGGACAAUACCACCUCAAGCUCAACAUCCAAACACAAGCGCCAAUCAAGAAAAAAGGCCCCCGCACCGCCAGAUCUACUCCCCCUCCUCGAAGCCCGCUCAAAAUUCUUCUCAACACCUGAGCGCUGCUUCGACUCCUUCUCCUCACCAAUCCUCUUCCUCCGCUCUGCAGGCCGGGACGUGCCACGCGUAUUCCCGCAGUAUCUCACGGGACCGAAAUACCCCGUCCCCGUGCUGAAGGAGACGCGAAGCACAACAGCCGAGCAAUACGCUGCCGCGGAUGGGUCGAUCUGGGAUCGGGAUGUGUAUCCCGAUAUGGAUGCCGACGAUGUCGAGGAUAUUAGUGGUACUGUUACGCGGCGUCGGAAGGCGCUUUCGCGCUGGCCGCCGUAUGGACUGGAUUAUGGGCUUAGUGGGGAUACGUGGUCUGGGCCUGGGGAUGGGAUUGGGCGGUUGGAGAUGGCUUUGCCUUGGGUUCGGAUUUUAUUGAGAGAGGAUGGCGAUGCUUUUGCUUCGGGUUCUCUGUCUUCGUCUGCGAUUGAGAUGAAGAAGAAGAGUAGAGAAGGGGGUUCUGGGUCUACGGUUCUUGCGAGACAGGCUGAUGAGAUGGUUUCUGCUAUGCGGCGGGCUUGCUUUUGGGGGCGGGAGAAGGGGGUUGGGGAGCGGAGGGUUACUUUAGCCCGGGUGAGGAGGACUGAUGAGAAUGAGGGAGAAGAAGUGGGUGAUUGGUUUGAGGGUGUGUUUCAGGGAAGGAUGGAUGAUAUAGAUUAA